GAUUACGUAAUAAUUUGCCCACAGUUAAAGUAAUAUACAACAAUAGAUGACGGGCGAACCAUCAAUAUAUUUAAAGCGUGUAUUAUAUCCGUGCUAUAGCUUGAGAUGGGAGAAACCAUAACUGCUAAAUAUUACGACUAAAGGACGAAUCUUUGAUCAGUGAUACCUGUAACAUUUUCUGAGGAGACGUUAUUGAAACAUUGCGUCAACAAGGCUAACGCAUUUUCAUCGGCACACAAAUCAUUUCCUGGAAAUUAUUUGCAAUUCAGUAUUCAUAUCAUUUUCAUCGCGGUGUGGGUGUAUUAUAGGCAGUCACGUCUUUGUCAAGGUGAGGUUGCCCAACUUCAUUUGCAAUAAGCUGUCAACAACGGAGAAAGAGGUUUUUAAGAUGACUGUCAGGUGCCCCGAAAUGUAUUUAACAAUAUUUAUAAUCUUGAUGUCAUCUUUGAGAUCCAGCGCAGAUGAUAAAAUAAGUGUUUCCUUUGACAAUGGUGACUUUGUUGUCGUUGAAGCUUUCAAAGAAAUCGAACUUAACAUGACGAUCACAUGUUCUACCAAACAUGGCGGGAAAAUGACAUUCAUGUCAGCAGAUGAAUCGGUGUUUACUGUUGAAGAAAACGUGAGUACGAUUGCUUGCUCACCAGGAGACACGGAAACAAAUGUGACACAUUCUCUAUGGAUCGAUGGAGUUGCAUUAGGUGUGACCGAUUUGCGAACAGUCUUCCAGAAUUCCACAGGCGAGUAUCUGAUCAACGCUUACUUGGUGAAAGUUUUAAGGAAGCCUUUGUUCACUCCGACAGCGUUAGCAACAAUCCUUUUGGUAUGGAUAUGUGUGUCUUAUGUUACGAUGGGGAAUAAAAUUGAACCAAAAUUGAUACUGGAUCACUUAAAACGUCCCCAUGCUGUAUUGAUCGGUUUAUUAUGCCAGUUUCUCAUCAUGCCUCCUUUGUCCCUAGCAAUCGCCAAAAUGUUCAAGUUGGACGACGCCGCUGCCAUUGGACUCAUACUCGAUGGAACAUGUCCUGGUGGCUGGUUUAGCAAUGUCUUCACUCUCCUUCUCGAUUGCGAUUUCAAUCUCAGUCUCACGAUGACGUUCUGCUCAACAGUCCUUGCGCUUGGCAUGAUGCCUUUGAACCUCUUCAUCUACACCCGCUUCUUCCUUGACCAUAAUCAACAGCUUCGGGCACCCUACGGUCAGCUCGCCAUACAAUUAGCCUUUCUCGUUGUACCUGUCGUCAUCGGUCUCGGGCUCAGCCAGAAGUUUCCAAAAGUAAAACGACUUUUUGAUAAGAUGCUGCGGCCGAUGUUGGCUGGGUUGGUAGUGGUCGCUCUUGGAGUAGGAAUCCCGACGCAGUACUACGUUGUCCUGGUGUCCUGGAGGAUAUGGGUCGCUUCCGCUGUCUUCCCGCUGAUCGGAGGUCUGUUGGGCUUUGCCAUCGCUCGUGCGACGUGUGUACAACUCAGACCCGCCGUCACAAUCGCCAUAGAGACAGGAGUCCAGAAUAGUCUCCUGGCCAUCACAAUAGUGACUUUGUAUUAUGAUCAACCCGAGAUUGAUCUGAUUGGACGUGUUCCUGCACUCAUUGGACUCCUUGUCGUAAUGGAGGGAGGGGUACUAGCCAUAUUCAAAGCCAUACGGGACUUCUACAAGACAAGAACAGAAGUGCCUCAUGUAGAGUUAGAUGAAGAGACUGGAGAUGUCGAGGACAAGGGAAGGACUGUACCAAAACCCACGGACAUAAAUGAUAUUAACCUAAGUAAUAGAGAAGAUCAACAAAUGGGACAACUUGCGUGAUGCUCAGACUUUAUGAUGUAAAAUGAUAUUUAUUUUUCUUACCACAGAUCUUAAUCAUUCUAUCAAUUUGCAAGGUCGGUUAUUUAAUGAAAUUUCAGUACGAUUAAUGACAAGUCCUGACUGAAAAAACCCUCUCAGGGACAAAGAAUCGUAUUCAGAUGAACUCAGGUUUAAUUCAUACUCUGUUCUUAACAUGUGGUAACUAUGACACAAAUUUCCAACAGUAUUGGUUCAAGUCAAAAGCAUAUUUGACACUCAAGAACACAAGUCGGAUGUAAUGAACUUGAAAACGCAGGAUUACUCCAUGUAGAUCAAAGAGCUAAACAUUGCAUCACGCUCAUGAAAAUAUAUUGGAUACAUUAGAUCCUAACAUAGCCAAUAAUUUUACUAGUGUCCCGAUUAUCCAUAGGUACGAUACUAGAAAUAGUAAUUUUGAUUUUGUAUUACCAAAACGUGAAGGUCAUAUAGGGAACACUUUUUAUUUCAAUGGCAUCCGAUUUUGGAAUUCUCUUCCCAAUCAAGUUAAAGCUGAUAAAAGUUUUUCUCACUUUAAGAGUGCACUAAAAGAAAUGCCUAUAACUGGAAUCUACUACAGAACAGUAUCACAAGUAAAAUACACAUUUUGUACAGUUGGUUUUCAGUAUUGUAGAUUAUAUAGGGCAUAAGUAGAUAAUUGCUGUUUGCUUCAGGUUUUUACAACAUAUUUGAUUGGUAGAUAUGUCGUUUUUACCAUGUUCUUGUACUGGUCGUAGUUAUUAAAUUUUGUUGUUAGAAUGUUUUUAUCCUAUAAUAGAACCCCUGGUUGGAAAUAAGCCACUCGGCUUUCAUGGGUUAUCCUGUCAAGGUUUUCUUCCCACUUAUUGUAUUUUCUAUCUUGUGAUAUUCUUGACUAAUAAAAUAAAUAAAUCAAUCAAUCAAUAAAAUCAUUAAACCAUUCAAGCAUGAUAAAAGAGUACAACACACAAAAUAUAUAAUGUAAAAAAAGUUUUUAACUUCUCAGCUUCCCAUAAUGUUAGCCCGUGUUAAUUUUCAAAAUACAGACCAAUUAUUGCAGUUAUAAAUUUGUUUUUUAACAAAUCCUUAUUACUUGGCGAUUGUAACGCUUGAAAAUGGCUCUUAAAAUGGUUACACUUGGUUUAUAUUUUCUCUAAACGUCCCGCUAAACGUCCUGUCUGUAGUAUGUACCCUAUUUCGGGGUGAUGAGAACAAAUAUUUUUGUUGACAAAUAUGUAUGGUGUCUUCAGCAGUUUCCAUGACGAAAUGUUUUAAUUUUUGCAAAAGUGCCAAACUAGUAGAGUAUAGUAGAAAAGGGCCGUAGAAGUGAUAAAAUUCAUUAAUUUCAAUUCCAUUAUUAGAAAACUAAGGUCUCAAAAUGGUUGCUGUUAUGGUAUUGGCUGAAUGAGUAGAUUAUAUUUAUAAAGAAAAUGACCAAAAUGUUUGUCAUCUUUUUGUUGAUCACCCGAGCGGUUUCCCUGAUAUGUGGUUCCUUUAGCAACUUUUUAUCAAAAUUACAAAUUUGGAAACAGAAGGGGAAGAUGAUGAACAAGGAUAUUAUUACUAUUAUCAUUAUCAUCAUCUUAUAAACCGCUUUGGGCCUAAUGAGAAAAUGCAGUUUAAUUAAUAACAAUAAAAUUAUAUGAAAAUAAUAAUAAUUUGUAUUUUUUAAAUACAUUUAUCAUUAUUCAGGGGGCUGGGGUGUGUGUUUUGUAAUGGAUCAACAUUGAUGACAGAAAUAAAGACUAAAGAAUUGAUAA